AUGAGUAGUCGCGGCGGUAAACUAGCCCCAGAAGUCAACCGAGCUCUGUUCGUGAAGAACUUGAGCUACAACGUAACUCCAGAGGAGUUGUUCGACCUGUUCGGAAAAUUCGGCCCUAUCCGACAGGUCCGCCAGGGCAUUGCUAGCGGCACCAAGGGUACCGCAUUCGUUGUCUAUGAAGACGUAAUGGAUGCGAAGCAAGCUUGCGACAAGCUCAACGGUUUCAACUUCCAGAACCGAUACCUCAUCGUUCUCUACCACCAGCCAGAGAAGAUGCUCAAGUCAAAAGAGGACCUCGAGGCCCGCCGGGCCAGUUUAGCGCAGCUCAAGAAACAACACGGUAUCGAUUGA